GAAGAGAAACACAAAUUAAAAUAAAAGCUGAUCUCAACUAAUCACACAUUUCAUUUUCACACAUGGAAACACAACAGAGCAUAUACAAAGCAUCAAGAAGCAUAAAAAAGAGAGACAACACUUUGUACAACGCCUUACUAUCAAUCUACCAUGACUCCAUUUUUGUUGGUGAAAUCUCUCAACUUUGGCCUCAACUUCCUCUCCUCGCUAAUCUUCGUUGUGGACUUUGGUAUUCUUCUCGAUUUCAGGGCACCUGUUACUUCAAAUCUACUGAUGGACACACAAAUAAUUGGUCUUUCAACACCUCACGCCUCAAUCUUCACGUUGCCCUUCUCGCUGGAAACAAAGGUGGGUGUCUUAUAGUUGAUUCGACUCGGAAAGGGAAGAGGUUCCCAGAUAGCAUGUCAAAGACAAUACCUAUAUGGACAUGUGUGUUAAACCGCACAAUUCAGCGGUACCGCAAAAAGAUGCAUGAAAAUGGAUCUGUGGAACAUAUGAAUGAAAACAUUUCUCAUGCAAAUGAUGAUGAAAGAGCUAAAGAAGCUUUAAAUGAUUGGGAUUGUUCUUUGCAUCUACCUUUAUGGGUUUCUAAGACAGAGAAAGCUUCUAUUGAAAAUCGCCUUGAUGAAUUUACUGCUCUAUUGGAAGAAAGUGGUGCUGAUAUUGCCUCGCUUGCCGCAUCCUUAAGAAAACCUCUACGCCCUUUGUGGAUUUCACAAAAAUCUGUCAUCUGGUUGAAUGAAGUACCUGAUCAUGAUUCCUGGGAUUUCACACCAGUAAUACUUGUUUCUGGUUCCUCCUCGAAUGGUUAUCUUCCACAGAGAACAAGCUCUGAGUUCAGCUGGAACUAUAUUCCUGGGGCGGGAGAUGAUGAAGAAAGUUGGGCUAGGGGUUUAACGCCUAUUCUUUUCUGGAACCAUGUGUAUGACCUCAUAAAUUGCGGGCCUGAUUUGUGUAACCAGAAAGUUUCUGAAAUUGUUGAAAAGGACAGAGUUUACAGGGCACAAAGAGGACAAGAUGCUCCUCAAAUCUUGGUCAAGUCUCAAAAGGCAUAUGAGAAAAUUGGAAAGCAUGAGUUGCCAUUGCACUCAGAAUUUGAAAAUCUUGAUAUUGGUGGAAGUCCUUCCACCACAGGAGAUACUGCAAUAUGCUGGUUGGGUUCAACAAAAAUUGCUGUAGGCACAACUCAACUUGCUGCAACUAAACCAGACAUUGAUUGUAUACUGAACUGUGGCAAGGAGCUCCUCACUGUUGAUCAAUCAUAUUCUUAUCUCCACCUCCCUGUAGUGAGCUCAAAAUUCGACCGGUUUUCGCUGCUUAAUAAUCUUCCUGCAGCAGUGAAGUUUGCAAGGUCGAAUUUAGUCCAAGGAAAAUCCCUUCUAGUUUGUUGUCAUGAUGGAGAAGACAUCAGCGUGUGUGUUUGCCUAGCUAUCUUAAUCUUAUUGUUCAGCGAAGAAGGAUCCUUCGACGAUGGGAAGUCCUUCUAUGAGGCCCAAAUUACAAAAUGGGAAAUGCGGAAAAGACUCGUAUUUAUAUGUAAGUUUUCUACGAAUGCCCGGCCAUCCAGAGGGAAUUUAAGACAGGUCUUUGGAUUUCUGAACAAUGGAACAAGCUUAAAUUCUUGAGCAAAAUUUUCUCUGAUAAAAUCAUCAACGUUCCUAUCCUAUCGCGAUGUUUACAGUAGAAGUUGAUUCAAAGUUUGUACAUCAUUUGGUAGUAUUACUUAUCAGCUUUGAAAUCAUAUCCAGCUUCAAAGAUGUAGUACGUACAUCGCUGGCGAGGUUUCGAUCAUCACGUUUUUUGAGCAGGCAACCAUGUUGCUCUUGUGAACGAAGCUUGAAUCAAUUGAUGUUUAUUCUGAAGUAGCUUUUCAAUUAGUUCUUGGAGUUUUGACUAUUCAAGUAUAACUUCAGUGGUUGAGUUAGUAAUCUAGAAUAGCUAAAAUAACGAACUUUUGGAGAUAGAGGUAGAAUUUUGGUUUUGCUUUUACUACUCCAUACGUCCCUAAUUCUAUGCUCCGUUUCCUUUUUUCGGAGUUAAUUAUUACCAUCUUUGAUCA